UUCCUAUGACUUUCCUGUUGGUCCCACACUCUUCUCUUUUCCCUAUCCCUUCUUCACAUUUUUCUAAAAAAAAAAGAGAGAUUAAAAAAACAAACCCAUUUGGAAAACGGAAAACCCAAUUGCAGAAGCAUUUUCAAUUGUAACCAUGGCUGAAAAUGGUGAAGAAAAACUCAUAGCUGUAGCUCGUCAUAUUGCUAAAACCCUCGGUCAUACUGAUACUAUGACUGAUGAUAUCCUUCAAAUCUUCUCUAAUUUCGAUAAUCGUCUUCGUGAAAAACUAACUGAUGAUCAAGAUCAACUACCCAAUGCCAAUUCACUUGAACGUACCCUUAAAUCUCUUCAUCGUCAGAUCUCUCGUUACGUCUCCACUGAACAUCCCAUAUGGUCCGACUCAGCUGAUUCCGCCACCUCCUUCCUUCAUUCCAUUGACGAAUUGAUAUCCACAAUUCGUGAAUGGAAUAACGACAAAUCUGUUUCUGUUUCUACUUUUCUUGAUAAAGCUGAGGAUUUACUUCAACAAGCUAUGUUCCGUUUAGAAGAUGAGUUCGCAACGCUCCUGAUGCAGCAACGCGCUUCUGAGCCCGUGGAUCUCACGCGCGACGAAAACUACGAUUCAGAUUCGGAUGAUUUUAGUACUGAUGAGAUUCCUACAGCACUUCCUGUAACUGAUUACGAUAUCCUUAUUGAAGCCUUACCAGCUGGAAUUAUAGGCGAUUUACAUGAGAUAGCUAAGAGAAUGGUGGUUGCUGGGUAUGGUAAAGAGUGUUCGCGCGCGUAUAGCGCGUGUAGAAGAGAGUUUUUGGAAGAGAGUUUGAGUAGAUUAGGUUUACAGAAGAAGCUAAGUAUUGAUGAAGUGCAGAAAAUGCAGUGGAAUGAUCUUGAAGACGAGAUUGAAAAAUGGGUCAAAGCGGUCAACGCAUCGUUAAGGAUAUUGUUGCCAAGUGAACGGCGUUUAUGUGAUCGUGUUUUCUUCGGAUUGACAUCGGUUUGUGAUGUGUCAUUUAUGGAAGUUUCUAGAAGUUGUACGGUUCAGUUACUGAAUUUUGCUGAUGCUAUUGCUAUUUCAAGUCGGGCACCUGAGAGGCUUUUUAAAGUGUUGGAUGUUUAUGAGGCGCUUAGGGAUUUGAUGCCUGAAUUUGAAGUGUUGUUUUCGGAUUCUCAAUAUUGUGUGUUGUUGAGGAAUGAAGCGUUGGCGAUAUGGAGAAGAUUAGGUGAGGCUAUUAGAGGGUUAUUUAUGGAAUUAGAGAAUUUGAUUCGUCGUGAUCCUGCUAAGGGGCCUGUUCCAGGUGGGGGGUUACAUCCGAUAACUCGAUAUGUAAUGAAUUAUCUACGUGCAGCUUGUCGAUCACGGAUUACUCUUCAACAGGUUUUUGAGGAAAUGGAUGAUGAUAGAGCACUUUCGUCGUCGUCUUCCUUGGCUGUUCAAAUGGCAUGGAUUAUGGAGUUACUUGAGAGUAAUCUUGAAGCAAAAGCGAAGACUUACAAGGAUUCUGCUUUGUUGGCUGUUUUUAUGAUGAAUAAUGAAAGAUAUAUUGUUCAUAAGGUUAAAGAUAGUGAGUUGGGAUUGCUUUUAGGUGAUGAUUGGAUAAGAAAACAUGCAGCCAAAGUUAAGCAGUAUCAUGUAAAUUAUCAAAGAAGUUCGUGGAGUAAAGUUUUGGGAGCUCUCAAGAAUGAUAAUAAUAGUAACAAUAAUGGUAUGUCACCUACGAGGUCUUUGAAAGAAAAGCUUAAGUUAUUCAAUUCAUACUUUGAGGAGAUAUGUAAAACUCAAUCGACUUGGAUAAUCUUUGAUGAGCAACUGAAGGAGGAUAUAAGGAAUUCUGUAGCAGGGGCUUUGUCUCCAGCAUACCGCAACUUUAUUGCAAGGUUGCACGAUACGGGGAGGCACACAGAGAGGCAUAUCAAGUUUAGUGUGGAGGAUCUUGAAGCUCGAAUUGCUGACUUGUUUCGGGGCAGCACUGGGAGGAAGUGAUCAUUGCAUCUCUUGUACCAUAUAUGUACGCUUAGUUUAGCUGUUAGAAAUUGUUUUUGUAUGUUCAUGUACUGCUGGUAAUUAUACAAGAAAACUGCUGGAAUGUAGUGCCAUUAUCUUAGGUGUGAUUAGUUUGUUUGAAUAGCUUGUUUGUGUUAAAAACUUUGUGGCUGUAUUACUAGUUUCAGAAAUGAACAUAAACUUUGGGCGUCCA